UCUGGCCACUAGUGGCGCCUACUACGACAUCUGCGGAUUAGAUUCCUGGCUUUGCCUCAGGUCCACUCGAACAGGAGAAAGUCCAGGAACAGGACGUUGCUGUGCUGCAAAGAUGUUCCUGUAUCUUCUGGGCCUGGUUGUCCUCUUCUACCUGUUUCGCUGGGCCAGAGAGCUGCCCAGGGUUGGUGACAAGGCCAGUAAGUAUGUGUACAUCACGGGCUGUGACAGCGGCUUCGGGAACCUCCUGGCUCGCCAUCUGGACAAGAUAGGCUUCCGAGUGAUCGCCGGGUGUCUCACUGAGAAGGGAGAGGAGGGGCUGAAGAAGGCCUGCUCCGCCAACCUGAUCACAACACACCUGGACGUUACCUCGAAGGAGAGCUUGGCCAAAGUUGCAGCCAUGAUUAAGGACAAAGUCGGAGAGCGCGGUCUCUGGGCUGUAGUGAACAAUGCAGGUGUGGCUGUUCCUUCUGGCCCAUGCGACUGGCAUACUCUUGAUGAUUACAAAUUCAUGCUGGAUGUGAACCUGAACGGGGUGAUCGGAGUCACUCUGAGCGUCUUGCCUCUGAUAAAGAAGGCCAGGGGCCGAGUGGUGAAUGUCGCAAGCGUGUUUGGGCGGAUCUGUGUCACCGGGGGCCCAUACCCUGUCUCAAAGUUUGGCGUUGAGGCAUUCAACGAUAGCCUCCGGUUCACCCUGGCUCCAUUUGGUGUCAAGGUCCUGUGCAUUGAGCCGGGCUUCUUCAAAACCAACGUCACAGACAGCGAGAUCCACAUCAAAAACGUCCAAACGCUGUGGGACAGACUCCCGCAGGACGUCAAAGAGGACUAUGGGGUUGAGUACGUCCAUAAAUCAAAGGAAAUGACAAAAGAAAAAGUUUCCCAGAUGAGCGACGGCGAUCUGAUGAAGGUGGUCAGCUGCAUGGAACACGCCGUGUCCGCCGCCUGGCCACGCAAGCGCUACUCCCCCGGCUGGGACGCCAAGUUCUUCUGGCUGCCGCUGUCAUACAUGCCAACGUGUGUCGUUGAUUACUUCUUCCUGAAGAAUGCCAUUCCUAUUGCCAAGAAGUUACAGUAGCCCUCCAGCUAUGCAUCCGCUUCAUGCAUUGCCACUCUGUAGAGCUCGGCUGACAAUUUACACACAUUUGAAUACAAUUGGCAGUCUCUUUGAAUUCUUGAAUUGUUUACUAUAAUGUCAAGGCUAAACUCACAAGGACAUUCUCAAGGCCAUCUUAUCUGCUGUUUAAAACAAACUCUCAGCAUUGAUGAUAGUCGGGUGUUAAAGGUUAAGAAAGAGCAAUAAAAAGUCCAACCUACUUUAAAUUGGAUUACUAAAUCAGGCUGCAGCAGGACUAGUCUGUCUUGUUGUGGAAGAUUCUGUAUGCUGCAGAAAUAAAAACACUUUGUUUGUUGUUCCUUAUGAGACAAGAAGCAAAAGAACAGAAACUGAAGGCACAUUAUUAAAAAAGUACAAUAAAAAAAGUGUACAUAUGCACACAAUAAAAUCCAACCUGGCCUUUAUUUACAAAGAUGAACCAAAAUGAAAAAAAAAUGCGCCCAGAACAGCUUAAUUUCCCCCUUAUUUAAUGUCUGUAAAACCACCUGUAGAGCAGCAAUAACCUGUCCGCUGUCUGAUAGAUCAUCCUGUGUUUGACUCAGAGGAGUUCAAGGUCGACUGAAGGCUGCAAAAUAAGCCCAGAUCAUCACCGCCUUGUUCGACAGUUGGUUUUUUGAGCUGAUGUGCUUUUUGGUUUUUCACAAAAAACACGGUGCUGUGUGACCAAAGGACAAAUACAACUUUGGAAACCUAAGUUGUGCAGCCAUAUUCUUUUUUUCUUGCAACUAUUUCAAACAGAAAUAGCUGUUAGGCUUUUCUGUAAUUGUAAGGUCAUAAACUUUAACAUUUAACACGCUAGCUGUGGUGUGUAGUUUCUGAGUUCUAACAUCUGACAGUUGGGUAAAUGUGCUGGGACGUCAGCUUAGAUUUUCUAUUCCCAGUGGACUUUGCUUUUGUGCUUACAAGUGUUUGAUUUUAGCAACUUGCAGAGAUCAGAUCCAUUUUGUUACGUCCUGAUAUGUGAAAGCUCGAACUAAAUAAAUAGGGUGUACUUUUUUUUUUUUAAACUGACCUUGACAUAAAAAACAAUUUAAAGAAUAUCAAAGUCAAAGAAACAAAGUGAGUUUUUGCCCUUAAAUUUAAUGAAAGCAGUGUUUUAAAAUAUGUAGAGAGAGGAGCACGUUUACCACUAUGUUGCAAUUUUAACACAGGAACAUGUUCCUUCUGGGCCUCUGGCUUUUAAAAUGUAUUUUUGUAGUGCACCAAAUUCUUAACUGCAAGCAGUUCAACUUGGUUGCUAAAGCUUCUCUAAAGCCACACAUCCAAGAUGCGUUUUGAGGAAAAUUAGCAUUUUUGUGCUGAAAUCUUCAGCUACUGAGGGGUUUUUCCUGACAGUUUUUACAAGACGCCUCUUUAAAUAUUUUUAGCUUCCCAGCCUGUCAGUUUGGAUGGACAUCUUUUCUCUCUGAAUUCUCAGAUGGAUUGAUUAGUAUCAAUGACAUUUUGUUUUAUAACCCAACACUGCUUUAAACUUCUCCCUUACCUUUUUACUGUGCUCCUUGUUCUCCAUGAAGCUGCUCAUUUCCAAAUACUGGUGAAGUUCAUUUACCAAUUUGUUGGCUUAAGCCUGGAUUUUAUUUAGGGCUAUUAGACUAAGGUUGCCUGACCCCAUUUCUAUUUGCAAGAAGUCUUUAAAAUUUUUAUUUUGUCCACUCUGCUGGUUUAUCACAUUAAAUUCCAAUGAACUUCCCUGA